UCAAGAGAAAAUCCAUCCUCAGCCUGAGCUUCAUGUGGAGGAUGUGCAUCUUACAUAUCAACAUGUAACUUUUCUACAUUAAGUGAGAAAAAGAUGGAGCUACAGGUGGAAAACCAAAGUCAGCCUUUCAACACCAACACCGUGAGGCUGCCAGCUAAACUCAUUCUGGGGGUGGGUGUAGAUAACUUUAUUUCUCUUCUGAUAUUUGGACUUAUUUUCAUCCUUGGUGUGCUUGGGAACAGCAUGGUGAUCACGGUGCUGGCGCGCAGUAAACCGGGUCAGCCGAGGAGCACAACCAACAUCUUCAUCCUCAACCUGAGCGUGGCGGACCUGUCCUACCUCCUCUUCUGCGUCCCCUUCCAGUCCACCAUCUACAUGCUGCCCACAUGGGUCCUGGGAGCUUUCAUCUGCAAGUUCAUCCACUACUUCUUCACCGUGUCCAUGCUGGUCAGUAUUUUCACCCUGUCGGCGAUGUCCGUGGACCGUUACGUGGCCAUCGUCCACGCCAGGAAGUCCUCAUCGAUCCGGGUGGGGAGUCAUGCCAUGCUCGGGGUGGUGUUGAUCUGGGUCUUGUCCCUGGUCAUGGCAGCUCCCGUGGCGCACUACCAGAGCAUCGUGGAGAGGGAGGACAACAACACCUUUUGCUGGGAGGUCUGGCCGGAUCACCAGAGGAAAGUCUACGUGAUGUGCACCUUUGUUUUCGGAUACCUCCUGCCUCUCUCCCUGAUAUCUGUCUGCUAUGCAAAGGUUUUAAACCAUCUGCACAAAAAGCUGAAGAAUGUCUCCAAAAAAUCAGAGCUCUCCAAAAAGAAGACUGCACAGACAGUCCUGGUGGUGGUUGUGGUCUUCUGUCUGUCCUGGCUGCCUCACCACAUCGUCCACCUGUGGGUAGAGUUUGGCUCCUUCCCCCUGAACCAGGCCUCCUUCGUGUUCAGGAUGGUGGCUCACUGCCUGGCCUACAGCAACUCCUCCGUCAACCCCAUCAUCUACGCCUUCCUGUCAGAGAACUUCAGGAACUCCUACAAGCAGGUUUUCCGGUGCCGGGCGCCCAGCGAGUGUCCUCUGAACGACACCAGAGACCUCCGCAGCAGGAUGGAGACGGCACCGUCCACUAACAUCAGUGUGACUUAUAAAGGUCAUGACUCUCAGAUCAGUAAAAUGCUUUGAUGCUGCUCAUGCUGAGAGCACCUCCUCUGGUCUGUGUAGAGUCUGACUGAUACUGGAAUACUGAGGCUGAAAUAUAUGUAUAUUCUGUUGGCCAGUUACUGCUGCAGUAUAACAUACUGCAAACAUCAGUGUUUGAAUAUGGCCAGUUCUCACUGGUGCAGAGCUGUUCCUUAUUUCACAGUACCCCUACUUUUCAUUGAAUGUAGGUUGUCAUUAUGUAGUUAUCAUAAAUGUCAGGACAUAUUGUGAGGAGGCAGAAAUGUGCAGCUACAUGAGGUGAAGUGUUCGGUGUAGUUCAGCUGGAAAGCUUCUGGAUAAAAGCUUUGUUUUUUUCUUCACACCUCCAAAGUCCUCUGUCUGUAAAUGGUCUUUUCACAGCUCUGCAGGAAGCAGGGAUAAAUCUGUUGAUAGUUCAGGUACACGAUCAAGGAUUUUGUUCUAUAUUCUACUACACUGAAACAGCAAAUACGUUUCGUAGGAAAUGUAAUCACUGGCUCGAUUACAUUCAGAGGCAAUUUUUUAAUGAAUGAAUGAAACUUCUUUAUUAAUGUCACUGGAUUGGCAAGGAGGUGGUUAUGGAGGAUGGUGCACGUGUAAAUUGCACAACUUUCACACCAGAGACCAGAGUUCACAUCCACAGUCCUGUCUGUUGUUUAGAGAAAGAUGGUGAUUUUGGUUAACUGUAAUAAACAAACUGUGUCUGAAGUUACUGUGGACUUUCUUCUGUAUUAAACCAGACCAUGAUCUUUCUCUAAUCUUAUUCUAGUGCUGUGAGAGUAAACUGGCGCUGAACAUGGAUGUAAUGAGGUGCAGAAUAAAAGUGAGUUGGACAUUAAUGCACUGCAGUUUCUUGUCACCUACUGGCUGACAUAAACAACAGUACUAAUGUGAUAUCAGCCACACUAUUUCAGCCCACCCCUAGUUCUCAGUUUGGGUGUAAAAACACAGUUAGUGCCUGAAGUCAUUUGAAACUUCAUUUUUAAAGGCACAGUUUGAGAUGGAAUAAAUGUACUUGAAUGAAACUUCUUGCUGAGACACAUUUGAGCAAAGACUCGGUUCAACAGUCUUGGAGAGCAGCAUGGUCUCAGAACCAACUACUCCAUCUGUAAUGUGGUUUCUGGUCUCUGGCAGCAGGUUUUCCAAUGAAUUCCCAACCAGUGAAACUGAAACAGAGACGAGGGCUUGUUAAACACAAUGAUGAAUGUAAAAUUUUGUAAAACAAGCACAGAAAUUCAUGAAGACUCACAACCAGUUUUAAACCAGUGCAUUCAACAUCUUUACCUGUCAUUUGAGCCUACUCACUAUGGCUCUGACAACA